AAAAAAGGCUGCAAAGUUUGUGUUGAGCACGUGAGCCCCUCUUUCUCAGUAUAGAGGAGAGAAAUGGAUGAAAAAAAAAUUUUUUUUUUUAGGAAAGAAAUGGAUGAAAUAGAGCACAAGUUCGUAGAAGUCAACGGGCUAAAAAUCCACCUAGCUGAGAUUGGAAGUGGGUCGGAUCAGGUGGUGUUGUUUUUGCACGGGUUCCCUGAGAUAUGGUACUCGUGGCGGCACCAGAUGGUGGCGGUGGCCAAAGCCGGGUACAGAGCCAUUUCGCUCGAUUACAGAGGCUAUGGGCUCUCGGAUCCGCCCCUCCAGCCCGAGAACACCUCCUUCCUUGACCUUGUCAAUGACCUCGCCGCUCUUCUUGAUGCUCUUGCUAUUCCGAAUGAUAACAAGGUUUUCUUGAUUGGCAAAGAUUUUGGAUCCGCUGUUCUGUCUUACUUCUGCCUUCUCCAUGGGGAGAGGGUAGCCGGAUGUGUUACAUUGGACGUUCCAUUCAUGAUUUCACGAGGUUCGACAUAUACAGAUAAGCUGCCUGAAGGCUUCUACAUUUCAAGAUGGAAGGAGCCGGGGCGAGCUGAAGCUGACUUUGGUCGAUUUGAUGCCAAAACCGUUGUGAAGAACGUCUACAUCCUUUUCUCCCGGAGUGAAAUACCGAUUGCGAAUGAGAAGCAGGAGAUCAUGGACAUGGUGGACCCAUCCACUCCUCUACCUCCUUGGUUUACUGAACAAGACCUAGCAACCUAUGGAGAGCUGUAUGAGAAAUCUGGGUUCCGAACUGCAUUGAAGGUUCCUUAUAGGUCACUUGGUGAAAAACAGAUUGACCUGCCAGCUGACCCAAGAAUUAAAGCUCCAGCAUUGUUCAUUGCGGGGAAGAAGGAUUACUUCAUGAAAUUCCCUGGGGUGGAAGAGUACAUAAGUGGUGGGAUGUUGGAAGCUUUUGUGCCCAAUGUGGAUAUAGUCUAUAUUCCUGAAGGGAGUCAUUUUCUUCAAGAGCAAUUUCCUGAUGAGGUGAAUCAGCUUAUCCUCAAGUUUCUCCACACCCACAAGUAGAAUGCACCCCACAGUCACAUGCUGCUAUGAUGUACGAUAGUAUUUUAUUAGAGGUUGGGCCUUCGAUUACUUAAAAAUUUGUGUCUUGAAAGUUGAACAAUAUCAUCUAAGGUUUAGUUCAAUGUAUACAUAACAUGCUCUAUGCAAUAUAAUUACGUAGUAGUGUAGUACCAUUUAUACAUCCGUGGACAAUGUCUUGCGAUGGUUUUCUUGUGAAACAUAAAUAAAAGGCUUGUAAUCUAUACUCUUCAGGUAUAUAACUA